GAGGUCACCGGCUCGGCGGGAGAGACAGGGGCGCCACGGCGGUGGCAGAACUGCAGAGCUGCAGGGUCCACCCGACCCCUACCCUCAGCCCGGGAAGGAACCAAUGUGAAACAUGUUGCAGAAGCAUUUAAGAAGUGGCUGAAGGGUGAAGGAAAAAAGUGCCAUUGCCCAUCAGAAAAAAGCAAAACAAAACAUGGGAAGUUCAACCACCAAAUUUCGUAAAGCACUCAUCAAUGGUGAUGAAAACCUGGCCUGCCAAAUAUAUGAAAGCAACCCUCAGCUAAAAGAAUCCCUUGAUCCAAAUACAUCUUAUGGGGAGCCCUACCAGCACAAUACUCCAUUACACUAUGCUGCUAGACAUGGAAUGAAUAGAAUAUUAGGGACCUUUCUUUUUGGUAGAGAUGGAAAUCCAAAUAAACGGAAUGUGCACAAUGAAACAUCUAUGCACUUGUUGUGUAUGGGACCUCAAAUUAUGAUCUCAGAAGGCGCCCUUCAUCCUCGCUUAGCACGCCCUGCGGAAGAUGAUUUUAGAAGAGCGGAUUGUCUACAGAUGAUUUUAAGAUGGAAAGGAGCAAAACUUGACCAAGGCGAAUAUGAGAGAGCAGCUAUUGACGCUGUUGAUAACAAAAAGAACACACCCCUGCACUAUGCUGCUGCCUCAGGGAUGAAAACCUGCGUAGAGCUUUUAGUAAAACAUGGAGGAGACCUGUUUGCUGAGAAUGAGAAUAAAGAUACUCCUUGUGAUUGUGCAGAAAAGCAGCACCACAAAGAUCUGGCCCUCAAUCUAGAGUCUCAAAUGGUAUUCUCACGAGAUCCUGAAGCUGAAGAAAUAGAAGCUGAGUAUGCUGCUUUAGAUAAACGAGAGCCAUAUGAAGGAUUAAGACCUCAGGAUCUUCGUAGAUUGAAAGAUAUGCUUAUUGUGGAAACGGCAGACAUGCUCCAGGCUCCACUAUUUACUGCUGAAGCUUUACUUCGAGCUCAUGACUGGGACAGGGAGAAAUUACUUGAAGCUUGGAUGUCCAACCCAGAGAACUGCUGCCAGCGAUCAGGUGUUCAGAUGCCAACACCACCACCAAGCGGGUAUAACGCCUGGGACACACUCCCUUCUCCAAGAACGCCAAGGACGACCCGCUCUUCUGUCACCUCUCCAGAUGAAUUAAGUUUAUCGCCUGGCGAUUUGGAUACCAGUUUGUGUGAUAUUUGUAUGUGCAGUAUUUCAGUGUUUGAAGACCCAGUGGACAUGCCCUGUGGACAUGACUUCUGUAGAGGAUGCUGGGAGUCGUUUUUGAAUCUGAAAAUUCAAGAAGGUGAAGCUCACAACAUUUUCUGCCCUGCAUAUGAUUGCUUCCAACUUGUGCCUGUGGAUAUAAUAGAAAGUGUAGUUUCUAAGGAGAUGGACAAACGAUACCUACAGUUUGAUAUUAAGGCCUUUGUUGAAAAUAAUCCUGCCAUUAAAUGGUGUCCUACUCCAGGUUGUGAAAGAGCAGUCAGACUGACAAAGCAAGGAUCAGACACCUCUGGGUCUGACACACUCAGCUUCCCCUUGCUCAGAGCUCCUGCUGUGGACUGUGGAAAAGGACACCUCUUCUGCUGGGAGUGCCUUGGUGAAGCCCAUGAGCCUUGUGACUGCCAAACGUGGAAAAAUUGGCUACAAAAAAUAACUGAAAUGAAACCGGAAGAACUUGUGGGAGUCAGCGAAGCUUAUGAGGAUGCUGCCAAUUGUCUCUGGUUGUUAACUAACUCCAAGCCUUGUGCGAAUUGUAAGUCUCCAAUACAGAAGAACGAGGGAUGCAAUCACAUGCAAUGUGCUAAGUGCAAGUAUGACUUUUGCUGGAUUUGUCUGGAAGAAUGGAAAAAACAUAGUUCUUCCACUGGAGGAUAUUACAGAUGUACUCGCUAUGAAGUCAUUCAGCAUGUGGAGGAGCAAUCCAAGGAAAUGACUGUGGAGGCUGAAAAAAAACACAAGCGAUUUCAGGAACUUGACAGAUUCAUGCACUAUUAUACAAGAUUUAAAAAUCAUGAACAUAGCUAUCAGUUAGAACAACGCCUUCUUAAAACAGCCAAAGAAAAGAUGGAGCAAUUGAGUAGAGCUCUCAAAGAAACUGAAGGAGCCUGUCCAGAUACCACUUUCAUUGAAGAUGCAGUUCAUGUGCUCUUAAAAACUCGACGCAUUCUUAAGUGUUCUUAUCCAUAUGGAUUUUUCUUAGAACUUAAAAGCACAAAGAAAGAAAUUUUUGAACUCAUGCAAACAGACCUAGAAAUGGUCACUGAAGACCUUGCCCAAAAAGUCAAUAGGCCUUACCUUCGCACACCCCGCCACAAGAUCAUCAAGGCGGCAUGCCUUGUACAGCAGAAAAGGCAAGAGUUCCUGGCGUCUGUGGCUCGGGGAGUCGCUCCUGCAGACUCGCCGGAAGCUCCACGACGCAGCUUUGCUGGUGGAACAUGGGAUUGGGAAUAUUUAGGAUUUGCAUCACCUGAGGAAUAUGCUGAAUUUCAGUAUCGGAGAAGGCACAGACAACAGCGCCGGCGAGGAGAUGUGCACAGUCUGCUGAGUAACCCUCCAGACCCCGACGAGCCAAGUGAAAGCACUUUAGAUCUCCCGGAAGGUGGCGGUGGCCGCAGGCCAGGCGCCUCCGUGGUAAGCUCUGCGUCUAUGAGUGCGCUGCACACCUCUUCCCUGCGUGACUACACACCCGCCAGUCGCUCCGAGAACCAGGACUCUCUUCAGGCUCUGAGUUCCUUGGAUGAAGACGAUCCCAAUAUACUUCUUGCAAUACAGUUAUCUCUGCAAGAAUCUGGGCUGGCCAUCGAUGAAGAAAGUACAGACUUUCUCAGUAAUGAAGCAUCCUUAGGGGCAAUAGGCACCUCUUUACCUUCUAGACUGGACUCCGUCCCCAGGAACGCUGACAGCCCUCGAGCCGCGUUGAGCGGCUCUGAGCUGUUGGAGCUCGGUGACAGCCUCAUGAGACUAGGAGCAGAAAGAGGCCCGUCUUCAACUGACACCCUGAGUUCCCACCCUCCCAGUGAGGCAAGAAGUGAAUUCUUCCCCUCACCCAGUGACCCUGACUCAGCCAGCCAAGACGCCAACAUCAGUGACAAUCUUCUUGGCAAUAUCAUGGCUUGGUUUCAUGACAUGAACCCUCAAAGUAUUGCUCUGAUUCCUCCAGCAGCUACAGAAAUCAGUGCAGAUUCUCAGCUCCCCUGUGUCAAAGACGAGUCCGAAAGUGUGAGGGAUGUGGAACUGAUGCCUCCAGAAGUUUCAGUGUUUGAAGAUGCUGCGAUCAGUGAAGGUAGAGGAACCCAAAGAGGAGAAGAAAAUCCUCUGGAGGGAAAUCCUCUGGCUGGGGAAGCAGCAUCUCAAGCUGGCGACAAUGGUAAUGAGGCUGCCAACAAGGGGGAUGGUUCUGAUGUUUCAAGUCAGACACCUCAGACCUCAAGUGACUGGCCUGAACAAGUACACUUAGUAUGAACUGCACGUCUCGGGGCUCUAGUGAAUUGCAGGUACAGAUGGUAUGCUAGUGGAGUAUGCUUUACAGAGACUUGAUCCACUUAAUUCCAAUUAAUUAUAAACCACUGACAUUAGGAUUAAAGAUGAAGGAGUUCCCUUGAAUGGUAUAGCUUCAUUUCUGAUUUUAACCUGACAGGGAAUUUCUUCUGUAUUUAAUUGGACCGCUUUUCGCCUUUAUGCUGACAAACAGAAGAGCAGGAGAGAGCAACACAAACGGAAUAAAUAGCUAAGAUUCCACAUUAGAAGAAAAUGCAGUCCUCUGUUCAGGUCAGCAGUACUUAAAUUGAACAUUAAAUGAAAGGCUUAGUCUCUAAUCCUUGGGUGGUUUUUCCUUUAAAAAAAAAACAAAACUUAAAGUUUUCUUCAUUUCAGAAGUUGUUUUGGACAGAUCUAAUAACAUUUUAUCCCUCCGUCUCUCUGUGCUCUUCUGUAGCUUUCCUUCUUCCUUUUUGUCUGAGCGGUGUGAAUUGAGGUAGCCGAGGCUUCUCUUUAGCGCUGCGUCUACCACAGUGUAAUUAAUUUUAAUUUCACAUGAAUCAGAGAUCUCUUCUCAUGUCUAUUUACAGUCCACUUGUGCCAAACUCUGACUCAUGUGCUGACAAGGCGUUCAGGUGUGCGGUGUCCCAGAGGGCUUCCAAGCAGUCUCAGCCUUCCUGGAAGUAAA